AUGGCGGAGAAAGAGCAGAAGUCCCCGGAAGCCGAAGGAAUUCAAGAGAAAACUCCGGUUCCGGAGGAAACCCCUCAGGAACCAGUUGAAGAAGCCGCUCAAGAAGAGAAGAAGGAGGAUUUGACUAGUCCCACUCAAUGGUUCUCCUCAUAUUCGUCUUAUCUGGGCACGGUUGGCGCUGAUUGGGUUGGGAAGGCCAAGGAGCAGGUUAGAAUUUAAUUUUUUUCUUUGAUUUUAGGUCUUGAAGUUGAUGUAAUUUACAAGAUCAAAGUGUGUUCUGUCUUUUUUAUAAUGUACCUGCUGCAAAAUUGAUUUUGGGACACCGUUUACCAAAAAAAUUCUUUAAUUUGAGAGUGAAUUAGUUUGUGCUGUUAUCCGCAAAAACUGUAAAUCUAUAAAUUACUUUUCGUUGAUAUUUCUUCUUCAUGACAGUGGCUCGCUUUAGCAUGUACUCGUGCCAUGUUCCGUCCAGAUGUACACUUUGACGUCGACUUUUUCUUCUUGUUACCAAAAUCAAGUAUAAUGUCCAAAUUUUAGGUCGAGAAGACUUUGGAUGCCGUGAAAAAGGACUUGAACGAGUUCUCCGACACCGUGAACACCGAAGCUGCCAUUAUUAAAGAGAGUGUAAAGAAACAAGCGGAACUCUUCCAAGAAUUUGUCACUACUCCCGAUGCCGAUACUCCUGAGAAUCCGGAGGAGGAACCAGCCCCGGUCGAGCCAAAAGAAGAGCCGAAAUUGGAAAAGAAGGAGUCUGUAAGGAAAUUCGAAUAUGUUUUCUUGUUGUUUAGGAAAAACCUGGAUAUAUUUUUCGAAUUUUUUUAAGAGUCAACCAAUUUAGUGCCUAAAAUAAUAUAAACUUUAGGGAUUUGGAUUCGGAUGGAUGAAAUCAGUCGUAGAUACGGUCAAGAAUAUGGCCAUCGAGGACACUGCCAAGGAUGAAUACGAUUUUACCGAUACUGUCCCAACUAACGUUCGAAAUUCAGUUCUAGAACAUGUGAGUUGAUUAAUUUAUUUUUUGUCUUUCAAAUUUUAGGCAGGAUAAGAGAUGAAGACUGAAAAUCGGAUAGUUUCAGAUCAAACUCUUGGAGCUCCAAAAUUCCGAGGCUACUUUUCUGAAACCCCCGACUCAAAAUAUUGAAGUGUAUAAGGAUUGGCUGAAAGAAUUCAAGCUCUCCGAAUACAAUGGGGAGAUCAAUGUGCUGCUCGGAAAUAACCCCAAAUUACGUGAAAUUUAUGCCAAAUUCGUCCCAAGCCGAGUGGACAACCACACUUUCUGGAAUCGAUACUUCUUCAAGGUUUACAUCGCCGAAAUGGAGCAGGAAUUGCGGCAGAAUAAGGGGAAAAUCUUUGAAGAAUUGCAAGUGGAUACGAGUGCUGAGUCAUCUGGGUUGAAAGAUUUGAAGUCGAGUGGAGAAAAGAAGGGUAAGAAGGGGUGUUUUAUUGGACUUACCUAAAGUAAUAUAGAAAUAGUGGGUAUUUUUGAUAAAAUUUUGAUUGAAGGCUAAUGGCGAGGUGAAGGACAAGUUUGCUUAAAAUAAUAUUGAAAAAUAGAGGUCAAUUUUUUAAAUUUUGACUUUAAUUUUCCAGAUGUGAGCCCCUCUGUGACUGAAAAUGAAUCCUGGAGCGUCUGCUCAUCCGGUGCUGACGACCUGGCCGAGUUCCCAGACGAACCUUCCGAUGAACAGGCUACUGUAACAACCUCCUCAACCGUCUUUAGCGACGCCGUGACGGGCCCGUUGACACCCAAAGCCACCGACGAAGAGGAAUCCACCCCAGACUCGGAGUGGGAGAAAUGGGAGGCGGAGAAAAGUAAAUAAGUAGUACUAUGACAAUGUAAUUAUUGAUAGUGCUAGUAAUUUAAGCCAAUUCCAAUUAUCCUUUUUGAGUUUCGAUUUGACUUUUAUCCCCUCUGUAGAAUAAUGUCCAUAAUUUUUAAUUGUAAAUAGUUCUCAUCGAGGAUUACGGUAACUUUUUGUUACCAUAAUUUUUUUGAGCUGAAAUAUCCAAAAAACUGGAAAAACGUGUAAUUUUUCGAAUUGAAUUGUUUUGUCUGUCUGAAUAGUACUUUCGGUUAAUUUUUAUACCUAAAAUGUGAUUGUACUUGUAAAAAAAAUUGAAAAAUAAAAGUAAAAUUGUAAAAAAUUUCGGAAUUUUGGGGGUAGUCGGGCAUUUUAGGAUUUUUUGAAUAUAAUGUAGGCUAGAAAAAGAUAAAAUGAACAAAAAUUUUUAUUUCUUGGCGAAAAUACCGGUAAAAAAGGUCUCUAUUUGUGACCUUUUAAUUGUUGAAUGUUGUAAAAAUGGAUUUGGAAUCGGCUCCAGAUUUAUCUCACUUCUUUGGCCGCAUUUUUGGACACAGGAAACGGCCCGGAAUGAGAUAUAACCACGAAAUUUAUGUUACUUUGUAUUUCUUGGCCGUAUUUUUAAAUCUUUUUGAAAUUUUUUCGACGUGUAUCCAAAGCCUAAAGAAAAUCUAUGUUGCUUGUGAAACAUGCCAGUGAUUCACAGUUUUUUUGGAUGCUUCAAAACUUUUAAAGUUUCAUCAAAAUCAUCAAAUUCUCUUGCAACAAAUUCUUCUUGAUGAAAAUUUUUUGGUCCCUUCAUUGUAUUUGGAAUGCCGGCUUCAAACAUCAAUCUUUUUUCAUGCGAAAUUAAAUAAUUUCCCACAAUUGAACCCACUAAUUCGUGUGUACCUUGAGCCUCAAUUUUCUCUUUGUUUUUUGUGUUGAAAAUUAAAUAAAUUGUUGCUAGGCUCUCCGGGAUGGCCCGGUUGAGGGAGGGCAUAGAGAUUCGGAAACGGGAUUUCCAUUCUGAAUACGUGUUUCGAAAACGCCGCGGAUUUAUUGUUGAUGUUUGUUAGCGGAACUCAUUUUGCAGUUUUUUGUAUUUCUACCGGGAAGAAUGACAGGAGCUCGUUGAGGUUUCGCAUUUUAAAUGAGCUUGGGUUUGCGCUGCAGGCGUUACUUUAACGGUGAAUAAGAGAAUGGAGUUUACGGCUUACAAGGCUUACAAUUCUUUUUUUGACGAUUUUUUUUUUUGAUGUAAUGCGUAUAAAAAUGGCAAAAUAUUUUUUGGGUUAUUAAGAGUUUCAUCUUGCUCAUCAAAGCCUUAUCACGGUCCUUCGCGCGGCCCCGAAAUCGAACCAACCUCUUAUAAUUCGAAUUCAUUUUUUACUCCUAAAAUUGCAUUUAGCGCCAAUCAUUUUUUCCAGAAUUCAUAAGCAUAAUGCCACUGCUUGGACGAUGAGAGUGAACCAAAAAAGCUUCGUAUUUUAUCGUCGCUACAAAUCCAUCGCCGUAUUUUUUGUAUUCCUACUUCUUUUACUUCUCUAUCCUCUAGUCAGACCUCGCUUCGACUACCUCCGAAAUUUUUGGCGUCCCUCGCAGAACGUCUUACGAUUAGAAGAUGUCUUUGAUCAGAUUGUUGUAUCAGAAGCAGCAAAGAAACUGCCAUUACCUCCAAACGCCAAAACUUUUAUUUUUGUCAUGACUUUUCCGGGGAGACAUUAUGAUAGGGUGAGUUAUAAAUUUUUUAUUUUUGUUUCUGCCAGCUUGCAGUUAUAUGUAUUAAAAGACGAUUUCUGAGUCAGUGCGUCAGCCGUGGACAUAGAAAAAAAUCGAUUUUGAGUUUUUUGCACUAAAAUGGCUGUUGGAAGGUGCUAAGCAAAAGCGAACAAUAUUUUUUCCCAAAACCUUCAUGAAGGUAUAUUUUUUUACAAUUUACUGUUUUAGAAGUAACCGCGUCCAGCUGUCGUAUCUUACCUUACUGGGCGAUGAUUUGACGGUUGCUGAAGUUUUCGACCCUUGCGAUGACGAUGGUAUCAUUAUUUUUCCGUUUUUCCUACUGUAACAUACCGUAAUACUGUAUCGACCGCUAAAAAACGACCGUAGAAUCUUUCUUUCUGAAAAUUUCACAGGCGAUUUUACGAUUUUUGGAAUCAGCAUAAAAUUCUGCUCUAGAGGCAAUCAAAAAAAGUUCAAAAAAAGCUGCGACAAAUUUCGUGGUAUAGUGGUUAGUGGUCGGGACUACCAAUCCAGCGACCCGGGUUCGAGUCCGGCUGGGUGCGAAUAUCGAAAAGAAGUCGGAAAUUAAAUUUAUUGUGAUUCAGAGGAUUGUAUAUUUUGCCAUGAGCAAUUAUUAAUGUCAAUGGUAGCUGGAUUCGAGGUUAAAACGGGAUUUAUAUAAUUUUAGGGGCUCAAUACAUGAAAAAAUAAAAGUGCUUCAAACCGGUUGAAAUUGAUAAUACUUAUUCUAAGGGCUAUUCUAAGACACUUUCUCGUUAACUUUUUUUCGUAACUUACUGUAACAUGGAUUACUGUGACAUGAAAUCCAAUUUUAUUUUUCGCAUACCACGGGGCGUAGACAGCUCGGACUAUCGCCAUAUUGAUAGAGAUGGUUAAUAACGAGUUGGUUUGCAUACAAAAUUUUUUUACGGCCGCACAGUUUGAAACAACCGGGUUAUUUCACGAAGUUUUGUCAGAUAGCGAUGAUAUCAAGACACACUGGAAGUGAAGCGGAAAUUUAUUUUGUAUACGUAUAGUGGACCUUCGUUGCUGUUUGAACGACCUAGUCAAAAAAACUCGAGACUGGAUGCAACAAUCUUGAAGAAAAUCCCGCUUAAGUACAAAAUCUUUAUCUUACUGUAGUGCAUGGAACAGUAAGCUACCAAAAAAAGUUAACGAGAAAGUGUCUUAGAAUAGCCCUUAGAAUAAGUAUUAUCAAUUUCAACCGGUUUGAAGCACUUUUAUUUUUUCAUGUAUUGAGCCCCUAAAAUUAUAUAAAUCCCGUUUUAACCUCGAAUCCAGUUACCAUUGACAUUAAUAAUUGCUCGUGGCAAAAUAUACAAUCCUCUGAAUCACAAUAAAUUUAAUUUCCGACUUCUUUUCGAUAUUCGCACCCAGCCGGACUCGAACCCGGGUCGCUGGAUUGGUAGUCCCGACCACUAACCACUAUACCACGAAAUUUGUCGCAGCUUUUUUUGAACUUUUUUUGAUUGCCUCUAGAGCAGAAUUUUAUGCUGAUUCCAAAAAUCGUAAAAUCGCCUGUGAAAUUUUCAGAAAGAAAGAUUCUACGGUCGUUUUUUAGCGGUCGAUACAGUAUUACGGUAUGUUACAGUAGGAAAAACGGAAAAAUAAUGAUACCAUCGUCAUCGCAAGGGUCGAAAACUUCAGUAACCGUCAAAUCAUCGCCCAGUAAGGUAAGAUACGACAGCUGGACGCGGUUACUUCUAAAACAGUAAAUUGUAAAAAAAUAUACCUUCAUGAAGGUUUUGGGAAAAAAUAUUGUUCGCUUUUGCUUAGCACCUUCCAACAGCCAUUUUAGUGCAAAAACUCAAAAUCGAUUUUUUCCUAUGUCCACCCCUAACAGACGGCUGAUGCACUGACUCAGAAAUCGUCUUUUAAAAUCAGGGUGGUACGUCCUGUCCCCCCGAGCUACAACCCUGUCCAUUAAUUCAAAAAAAAAAAAAAAAACACAAACAAAAUUAGGUCCCAGCAAUCAACGUAACCUGGCUUCAUCGUGUCCAACACGCCGAAUUUUUCACUUCCCAACCAAUCAACGCCACAGGCGUUCCAUUUCGAACUGUUUUCACGGGACUCAGCGACGACUAUUACCAGUUAUUUCACAAGACAAAACGCGCAUUCGAAUACAGCUACAAGUACAUAUCAAAGGAUUUUGAUUGGUAUAUCAAAGCGGACGAUGACACUUACAUUUUGGCAGAGAAUUUGAAUAAAUUCCUGAGGAAAUUCGAUCCGAAUGAGCCGAUUUACGCGGGCCUCAGGUUUAAAUUGUUCGUUGUAAGUGGGAAACGAGAUUUUUUUAAAGGAAAUUUGAAUUUAUUUUGCAGGAAAAGGGCUACAAUUCUGGUGGAAUGUACAUUUUAAGUCGAAGGGCGGUUCAAAUUUUGGUUGAAGAAGUGUUCCCAAAUACGACGGCUUGCCCGUUUUAUGAGUAUGAGGACGUUCAGAUGGGGAGGUAAGGAAAAAGAAAGGAGCCGAAAGCAUUGAGAGAUGUCUUUAUCUACAGAUUUUUUCCUUUGCACUGCGCAGAAAAAGUCUGAGUGCGAGCAAAUGUCCAAAAAAGCGAUUUGCACAGUGCGAAUUUAAAUUUUGUUUUCUCGUUGUGCAUUUUGUAGAAAUCACCCCUGCAACUUUUCGGAUAGACUAGAAAUGGGCAUGGCUCUCUAGGGGCUGCAAUCAAGGCCGGUAGGAGUUCCUCCGGAAAGUCUUCGACCCGGCUCGAACCGGCCCAUUUGUGGUCGAUAGGGUAUUUUAUUUAGUGUGAAAACGGUUGAUAGGAGCUCAAAAAACUUUCUAAAAUAUUCGAAAACUAUAAAAAAGGCUGCUAAAUUCUCACAGCUUUAAUUUGAUCUCUCAGUAUUUGGCCUGCUUACAAAAUAAUUCCGUCUCCUUUCUUGUGCUGCAAUUUUUUAAUACUGCUACAGGGAACCUGAUCCAGUGGCAAAAACGUACCAUUUUGCAUCCAGGAAGUGUUAAAAAUAUGGCAAAAUACCUCCCUCUCCAAGUGAAAAACUCUGGUUUCAAAGUCUCAGACCCAUAUUUCGCUAUAAAACAUUUCCCUUUUUUCAGAUGCCUUGCCACCAAGGGAAUUUAUCCAAUUCCAACGCGAGAUGAACGAGACCAAGGACUAUUCCACAUGUAUCCGGUGAGACAUCUCUACAAUGCGUACAACGGGUCGACCAUUCACUUUGACGAGUUUUACAAGGAUCGGAUGUCGAUUGGGUUCAAGGAGUUCUCGGAGGACUCCAUCGCGUUCCACAAAAUGGAAACAAACGAUUUUUAUUUGGCUGACAUUAUGGCUUAUCGAGUGAAAACAACGAAAUGA